UUCCAUCUGAAGAGUUGCCGGACUGAUUAUUCAAAAUAGAAUUUGACAGCCUGACUUAUGGGAGAAUUUUUUUACAUAUGGUUUCUGACAGUUAAGAAUUAAAUUCGAUAAGCAUAAACUCAAUCAGCUGUUGAAUUGCUGGCAGCAGAUAUGUUAAAUGCAAAAGAAAUCUUGGAUUUAUUAGAAAAAUAUCCAGAAGGUUAUCUUAGGCCGGACCAUUAUCUAUUUACGGCAAGUAAUUCAAAUCUUUUGGAAACCUAUAAAAAACUUGGAGCAAUAAGCAGCAAAGAAGAUGAACUACUAAAUGUUUCACACAAUAGUUGCGGCGCCAGUGAGAUUUUUUGCAAUAUUCUUGGCUGCUGCAUGAUCUUCGAUAGUGUAGCUUCUUACCAGAGCCAUUACAAUGUAAUGCAUCGUUUUAUUUGUGCCGAAUGCAAAAAAUCUUUGCCUACGGAACAUUUAUUAGAUUUACACAUAUCAGAGCACCAUGAUUCCUACUUCAAGGCUAGAGUAGAUAGAGGUGAACGUUUAUUUAAAUGCUAUUUGGAGGAAUGUAAAGAAAUAUUUGAAAAUGCUAUGCAACGCAAAGAGCAUUGUAUAAAACAACAUAAAUUUCCCAGUAAUUUUAGAUUUGAUCAAAUGGUCAAAAAUGGCCAACAUAAAAAGGAUAAAGCAUCACAGAAUAGCUCCAAACAAAUGGCAAUGGAGGUGGUUGAAGCUUUAAAAUCGAAAGAGUUUCAACAUAAGGAAUUGAAAAUGAUUUCAUUUGGCCAUCAAAAAGAACGUACAUUUCGUCCUAGAAAUGGUCCAAAACCCAAACCCGAUGCCGGCAAGACUUUGGAAAAUAUGAAUACUUUGAAAGAAGCUUUGGAAUCAAUGAACUGAUAUAGUAUACAUUUGUUAUUACAUUUUUUAAAAUAUUUAUUGAAUAAACAUACAAAAUUAAAAUCUAAA